AUGACGGGCUCAGCGGUAGAGCCUCCGCCUGCCGAGGCGGGAGCCCCGCGUUCGAUGCCGGGUCUGGGACGACCCCGCAUGCCGCGGAACAGCUCCGCCUGCGGGCCACAACUGUUGCGCUUGUGCUCCAGAGCUCAGGAGCCUCAGCUGGUGAGCCCGCAAGCCACAGUUCCUCAAGCCCAGGCGCCGGAGCCCGUGCUCCGCGGCCCUGCAUCGCAGCUCGAGAGCCCCCCGUUCUCCGCAACCGGAGAGCAGUCCGCAGAGGAGCAAAGACCCCGCACAGCCCAACAGAAGUAG